CACUCAAUCGCCAUUGUGUUGCUAACAUCAGCCUUUAGUUGUCAGUGAGAGAACAGCUACACUCAUCUGAACUGUGUUGUCUAGAUUUUUGGUUUUCAAGCUAAAAAAGAUGGAGGAGUAUCAUUCUGGAGAUGAAGUGUCUUUCAGUCCAGAUGAUGCAAGUAAUGUUGUAAAGGAGUGCAUUGAGGGCAUUAUUGGAGGCGUGGACUACAGCCAGAACAAAGUCAACCAGUGGACAGCCAGCAUAGUCGAACACACUCUCACUCAGUUAGUCAAACAGGGGAAACCGUUCAAGUACAUUGUCAACUGUGCUGUGAUGCAGAAAAGCGGAGCAGGUCUUCACACAGCCAACUCGUGUUACUGGGACACUACCACUGAUGGAAGCUGCACAGUCAGGUGGGAGAACCGCACCAUGUACUGCGUCGUCAGUGUGUUUGCAGUGGCUAUUGCGCUAUAAACAGGAAUCAGGGCUGAGACAGAAACAAAAGGAUAAAAACACCUUCACUCACAUCCUCUGCUUCAACACUGGCUUAAAAUCAUGUUCAACUUGUGUCAUGUUUUGCCUAAUCUAUAAAGUUUAAACUGUAUUGCAAAUGCCUGUCUACCACAUUGUAUGUUUAUUUGCCUUUUUCUUUUUUUUUUUGGACUUGCAAAGGUAACGUGCACCUUUGUUCUGUACAGGAUGAAAUGCAAAUAUGUUGAUGCUUAAUUAUUAAAGUUGUCUGAUUUGGGUUUAUCAAUCCAAAAAAUAUAUAAGGAUGUUUUUUUUUUUAGUCUUCAGACUUUUGAGGCAUUUUCCAUAUCUGAACAUUUAUUUAAAUUCUGAACCAAAUACAAACUAUGAGGGGGAAUUUACAAACAAUGCAAGGAUGUCACAUUAUGACAUAAUAUAUGUUAAACUUUAUUUUUGGUAACUGAAAUUAAAUCUUUCUCCUUCUUUAAAAUUUGUAAUGAGCCAGCACACAAUAAAUUUGCUAAGAAAAAAUUAUAAGCGAAACUGAAGUCCAUCUAUACAGCCCACAUAGAAUUACCCACUAUAACACCAUAUUCAAUUCAGUAUCUGACUGUUUUAUAGUGGCAUGCCUUGUAUUGUAACAUUGUGAUUUCAUUAAUCAGCCCACCAUAUUGCUAAACUUAAAGAUUUUGUAAGGUUUAUUUAACUUCCACUUAAGAGAGGAAGCAGGUUUGGAAAGCAGGAUAGUUUCACAGUAAAAUAAAACUUUGAUCUUUAUAGUACAUAAAAAUCAAUUAUAGAUCAUGCACAUAAUGCAA